GUGUAGGAGGGGUAAAAGAGGUAGAAAGCCCUCUAUCCGCCCUCUCUCUUACCUUCCUCCGCCUCUACCCAGUGGCUCAGUCCCUCUCUCACUCCGUCACUCGUUCAGUCAAUCUCUGGGCCGAGGUCUGGAGGACCUCAGCGGAAUCUGAAAGCGAAGAUGCGGGCGGUCGGGGCCGUGGGAGUUGGUGUGCUAUGGGCGCUACUGGUCGCCCUGGUGCCUGGCGGCGCGUCGGAGCUAGUGACACUGGUGCAGGAGCAGGUGAAGCCCGAGUCCGCCCUGCUGAAGCCAAAGGUUAUGAUUGCCAUUGUGGCACGUAACGCAGCGCACAGCCUGCCACACUACCUGGGCUGCAUCGAGAGACUGGAGUACCCGAAGGAGCGCAUUGCGAUCUGGGCAGCAACAGACCAUAAUAUAGACAACACCACGGCCAUGUUGAGAGAAUGGCUGAAGAGAGCCCAGCAUAUCUACCACUACGUGGAGUGGAGACCCAUGGAGGAGCCAAGGUCCUACACAGAUGAGUGGGGUCCAAAGCACUGGCCUCCCUCCAGGUUCAGCCAUGUGAUGAAGCUGAGGCAGGCGGCACUGAAGGCUGCCAGGGAGCGAUGGGCGGACUACAUUCUGUUUGUAGACAGCGAUAACCUGUUGACUAACCCUCGUGUGCUGAACCUGAUGAUGGCUGAGAACCUGACCCUGGUAGCUCCCAUGUUGGAGUCUCGCUCACUCUACUCCAACUUCUGGUGUGGCAUCACCCCACAGGGUUAUUAUAAGCGAACCCCGGACUAUCAGCCAAUCAGGGAGUGGAAGCGGCUCGGCUGCUUUCCUGUUCCCAUGAUUCAUAGUACCUUCCUUUUAGACCUGCGUCGUGAAUCCAGCAGGGACCUGGCCUUCUACACCCCUCACCCAGACUACAGCUGGGCAUUUGAUGACAUCAUGGUAUUUGCGUUCUCUGCACGUCAAGCAGGUGUGCAGAUGUAUGUGUGUAACAGAGAACACUACGGUUUCUUGCCUGUCCCUCUCAAAGCACAGCAAAAUGUGGAAGAUGAAAGUGAGAGUUUCAUACACACUGUCACCGAGGCUUUGAUUCACCACAACAUUGAGCCCUCUGAGCACUUGCACUGUCCACCAUCACCACAGGACAUGAUGGACUUUGAUGAAAUUUUUCUGAUCAACCUGAAGCGGCGACUGGACAGAAGAACCAGGAUGUUAAAAACAAUGUCCUCACUGGGUCUACAUGCCACGCUGAUAGAUGCAGUGGAUGGCAAGGCUCUGAAUACGUCACAGCUUCAGGCACUGGGAAUAGAGAUGAUGCCAGACUACAAGGAUCCUUACUCUGGUCGAGUCCUGACCAGAGGGGAGAUCGGCUGCUUCCUCAGCCAUAACUCUGUAUGGACACAGGUGAUUGAGCGUGGCCUCCAGAAAGUUCUUGUUUUAGAAGACGAUGUAAGGUUUGAGCCCAGGUUUAAACGACGGCUACAGGCCAUCAUGGAUGACAUCAACAAAGCCCAGCUGGACUGGGACCUCAUCUAUGUGGGACGUAAGCGUAUGCAGGUGCAGCAGCCGGAGCAGUCGGUGGAAGGAGUAAACAACCUGGUUGAGGCCGACUACUCCUACUGGACGUUAGGCUACGCGAUGUCGUACCAAGGAGCCAGGAAGUUACUGGCUGCACAGCCAUUCUCCAGGAUGCUGCCUGUUGAUGAGUUUCUGCCAGUCAUGUUCAACAAACAUCCCAACACUGACUACAUGUCUCACUUUGAGCCACGAGACCUGAAGGCCUUCUCAGUGGAGCCGCUGCUCAUCUAUCCCACCCACUACACUGGAGAGCCAGGCUACAUCAGCGAUACUGAAACCUCCACCAUCUGGGAUGACGAAGCCGUGGCCACAGACUGGGACCGGCAGCACGCCCGUAAGACGGCCCAGCAGGGGCGCAUCCGUCCUGUGGCACAGAACAGUGUCACUGGAGACUCACCUCCUCCUGCAGCUCGAGCAUCACGUGAUGAAUUUUGAUACUCAGAGAGGAAGACUCAUUUUUGUGAAUACACUGUAUACACAUAGUGAAUGUCAGUGUACACACACUUGAAAAGAUACUUGAAGUACAAGCUGGCAUACUGUACAUGCACAAACACACACACCGGUGGGCACAAAUCAAAAGUGAGAUGUCUAAUCUACUGCCUGAUGGGAGGACACUGAGUACAGGACGAAGAACUGAAUCUGGGAUGAGGGCCAGCUGGCUUUUGACAAAAGCUUUAUUUAAUCCCUUUGUCCAUCCUCUGUGCAUGUGGAGGCAGUUACAGUUCAAGAUGUCUUAAGCACCACUUGGAUGACAGCUAUCAUUAUUUGCAGGACAUGAAAGAAAGACAAACAUUCUCACAAAUCAGUUUUUUUUGACAGCAGAGGAAUAAAGGAAGCUGUCUGAAAACUCCAAAGUGUAUGUGCAUGUGAUAUUGUGUGUGCUUGUGUGUGACUUGACUAUAGAACUAAACGUAUGGGAGGAGCGAGGCUGACAUACUGUACCCAAGGGUUCCACAGCUUCACACACACACAUACACUGAGAGGACAGUCCCUUCUUUGCCAGGCAGCAGGCUGGUCCUGCUAGACAGCAUUUCAGUGCAGCAGUCAUACAUUUCUUAUGUCCUGUAGGUUGUAUGAUUUGCAUUUUCAUCAAUUUUAGAACCCUGAUUAUGUGUUAAAUUCUUUGGAAAAAAUGAAUUAUUGACUUUUUCACAUCCUCAAUAUCUUCUCGCUUUCUGUUUUCACUCACUCUGCAGCAGAAACUCACAUAGAUUGUUGGCAUGGCAGAGAAUUUGGUGUCAGAACAACAAAAGAAUCACCGCAC